AUGGAGGGUAACUGGGUAGACUACGGGCGGGGCCUUUGCAUUGCAGAAGAAGCAGUACACGUUACCAUCGAUCAGAUCCUAACCGAGGGUGGCACACUCUUAUGGCAGAAAUACCUGGAGCGCAAGGCAUUCUCCUUUGCCGCCACGGUCGCCACAGAUGCAUUGGUCAGCCGCCUGCGAAUGUGCUAUGUGCACCACGACCAUGGCGAACCACUUGUGGGUGGAGAGCUAGGUGAGGAGUGGCAAGUCGAGGAGGAGCCGACCAUUUGCGAGGUGGAUAGCUGGGCACGCAUGCAUGUUCCAGUGCGCCGCAGCAAAACGGACGAGGCCUCUAAAGCUCCCAAGCUGCGGCGGAACCAGGCAAGUCGACAGAAGUUCGCAGGUUCGCUGCAGAAGACGCCUGAAUUCAUCCCGAGGGUGCAGCCCUUGGAGAACGACCUUCAAGUAGACCCUGAAGAGGAACGAAUGCGUGAGGCAAAAGCACAAGAAGAGGCCCGGAAACGGGAUAAGGAGCGAAUGGCCAAGGAAUCAGAGAAGACCUUGGAGGAGGAGAGAAGGAAGGCCUAG